GAGGCCAGAAAAGGGUGAUGGUUCCCUGGGGUUGUAGUUACAGGUAGUUUUGAGCUACUGAACUCAGGUCCCAUAGAAGAACUGGAAAGACCCUUAAUGAUUUAGCUGUCUCUUCAGCCUCCCCCUGACCCCACAACACACAUGCUUUUUUACUGAGACAGGGUCUCAUGUAGCAUGUAGCUCAGGCUGACUCUGAAUUUGCUAUGUGUUUGAGGAUGCUCUUGAACUUACCCAAAUGCUAGUGUUCCUGGCAUGUUGCUUGUUGUCCGAGACAAGAGUUUUCCUGUGUAUCCCAGGCUGGCCUCAAAAUUCUGCCUGCUCAGUGUUGAAACUACAGCCUAGCCAACAUUCCACUGACCCCUGAGACCCAGAGGGACCAGGAAAGGCGGAUCCGACGGGAGAUUGCCAACAGCAACGAGCGGAGGCGCAUGCAGAGUAUCAACGCCGGCUUCCAGUCCCUCAAGACCCUCAUUCCCCACACAGAUGGAGAGAAGCUCAGCAAGGCAGCCAUUCUCCAGCAGACAGCAGAAUACAUCUUCUCUCUUGAGCAGGAGAAGACUAGACUCCUGCAGCAGAACACACAGCUGAAGCGCUUUAUCCAGGAGCUGAGUGGCUCAUCCCCAAAGCGGCGGAGGGCAGAAGACAAGGACGAGGGCAUUGGCUCACCCGACAUCUGGGAGGAUGAGAAGGCUGAGGACCUUCGGAGAGAGAUGAUCGAGCUGCGGCAACAGCUGGACAAGGAGCGCUCUGUGCGGAUGAUGCUGGAAGAACAGGUGCGCUCCCUUGAGGCCCACAUGUACCCGGAAAAACUCAAGGUGAUUGCCCAGCAGGUGCAGCUGCAGCAGCAGCAGGAGCAGGUGCGGCUGCUGCACCAGGAGAAGCUGGAGCGGGAACAGCAGCACCUACGGACCCAGCUCCUGCCUCCUCCAGCCCCCACCCACCACCCCACAGUGAUCGUGCCUGCGCCUGCCCCGCCUUCCUCUCACCACAUCAAUGUUGUCACCAUGGGUCCCUCCUCAGUCAUCAACUCUGUCUCUACAUCCCGGCAAAAUCUGGACACCAUCGUGCAGGCCAUCCAGCACAUUGAGGGCACCCAGGACAAACAGGAGCUGGAAGAGGAACAGAGGCGAGCAGUUAUCGUGAAGUCCGUCCGCAGCUGCCCGGAGGCCCACACCUCUGAUACCGCUUCUGACUCCGAGGCCUCGGACAGCGACGCCAUGGACCAGAGCCGGGAAGAGCCUUUGGGGGACGGGGAGCUUCCCUGACCACCCCCAGCCCUCCUCUCCCUCCUGGGGGCUAGAGGGGGCCGGGGCAACAACAGGGAGAAACGUAGGUGAAUGAGAAAUUUUUACAAAAUUAUGAUGUCAUUUGGGUCUCUUUUAUGACCUCCUUUUCAAUACUGUAAGUCGACCUUUGAUCGAAGCCACCAGAGCCCAGGUCCCGGGGUUGUGGUGGUACAGCACGCGUGGGCGCAUGCGUGGGCGCAUUGGGACUCCAGGGCUGGGCCUCGGCCCUGGGGCCGGGGAAGCUGACACAGAGGUGCCUGGCCUCUCUCGCCAAAAAGCUUUUAAAUUUUUGUUUCGUUUUGGUUUUGUUUUUUUUUUUCCUUCCAUUUAAACGUGUUUUUAAGAACAGGGAAAAUCAAAUAAAACCCCAAGGUAUUGCUCACUCCCCAGAGUCAGCCCGAGGCUGUCAGUCUUCACCCCUUCCCUCUAUUGGGUUGUCUUUUUCUCUUGUAAGCACUUACAUGGGUUGGGGGUCAGGCUGGGUUGGGGCUUUCUGGGGACCCGGAACCCCAGAAAUCGGGAAUUGGGGAUCCACAUUGCUUCUCGGUUGGGGUUUGCUGCUGCCAUUGUUCCUUCCCCUUCCCCACCUCAGUACCAGAAUUGGCCACUCUCCGUCUCCACCUUCCCUUCCAGAGUUCCUGUCAUUGACCCCAAAAAUGUCUUUGUCUCUCUUUUGUUUUGUUUGUUGUUGGUUUUAUUUUGGUUUCUGUAUUUUUUUAAUUUUUCUUUUUUUCUUUUUUACAAUUUUAAGAUCUUUGUGUCCAAGGAGAAGCUAUUAUAUUUUGUUAAGAAAAUGGGGGUAGGGAACAAAAUACCAAGAGGCCAUUGUGCCUUUGUAAAGAAACAAAAUAAAAUUUGUACUUUGUUUUUUA